GUAGAAACAGCCAGCUCCAGCCGGCUUAUAUUCCAACCGAACAGGCUUCUUUAUUAGAAAAAAAAAGGAAACGAAAGCUGUAGCGCACCGGUGGAUCAAGCAAUGGACGACCCGACGACGAAGCGCGUGGCCAUCGUCGGCGCCGGCGCCAGCGGCCUGGCGGCGUGCAAGCACGCGCUGGCCAAGGGCUUCCGGCCGGUGGUCUUCGAGGCCGACGAGGGCCUCGGCGGCGCGUGGAGGCACACGCUGGCCUCCACGCGGCUGCAGACGCCGGCGCCCAGCUACCGGUUCUCGGACUUCCCCUGGCCGCCGGCCGUGUCCACCGAGCUGUUCCCGCGGCACGACCAGGUGGUGGAGUACCUCGCCGCCUACGCGCGCCGCUUCGGCGUGCUGGAGCGCGUCCGGUUCGGCAGCACGGUGCUCCGCGCCGAGUACGCCGGCGCGCCGGAGGAGCAGGUCGCCGCCUGGGAGCGGUGGGCCGGCAACGGCGAGGCCUUCGGCGACGGCACUGGCGAGUGGCUGCUCACCGUGCAGCACCGUGGAUCGGAGGCUACGCAGAUGUACAGGUUUGACUUUUUGAUACUGUGCCUCGGGAAGUUCAGCGGAGUGGCGAACACUCCGGCGUUCCCGGCGAACCGAGGGCCCGAGGUGUUCCGGGGACAGGUGCUCCACUCCAUGGACUACUCGCGCAUGGGCGCCGCCGCCGCCGCCGAGCUGAUCAGAGGCAAGCGCGUCGCCGUGGUGGGCUCCGGCAAGUCGGCCUACGACACGGCCGCGGAGUGCGCCGGCGCGAACGGCGCCAGGUUCCCGUGCACCAUGGUCUGCCGGAGCCCGCAGUGGAUGCUCAACGGCGGGUUCGUGUGGGGCGUCAGCAUCGGGCACCUCUUCAAGAACCGGCUGGCCGAGCUGAUGGUGCCUCGCAAGCCCGGCGAGGGGCUCGCGCUCACCCUCCUCGCCAUGCUGCUCUCCCCUCUGAGAUGGCUGAUCUCGAAGCUGACCGAGGCCUACUUCAAGGCGCGCAUCCCGAUGCGGGAGCACGGGAUGGUGCCGGACUGGAGCUUCGCGUGGACCAUCUCGGCGUGCCGGCUCGGCGUCCUGCCGAACGGGUUCUACGACAGGGUGGCGGAGGGCAGCGUCGUGAUCAAGAGGGCCAGGUCCGUGAGCUUCUGCGCGGACAGGCUGGUGCUUGGCGAGGGCGAGGGCGACGCCGGGGAGCGCGUCGAGGCGGACGUCGUCGUGCUCGCCACCGGCUUCCGCGGCGCCGACAAGCUGAGGGGGAUCUUCGCCUCGCCGAGGUUCAGGGAGAUGGUGGCGGGCGGUCCGGACAACCCGGCUCCUCACUACAGGCAGUGCGUGCACCCGCGGAUCCCGCAGAUGGCGGUCAUCGGCUUCUCGGACAACUCGUCGAGCAUAUACGGCUACGAGAUGAUGGCCAAGUGGGUGGCGCACCUCCUCGACGGCGCCUUCCGGCUGCCCAGCGUCGCGCGGAUGGAGAGGAGCGUGGCGGAGUGGGGCGAGUACGUCAAGAGGCACGGCGCCGUCGACGGCGAGGGCCCGUGCAUCAGCGCCGCCAAUACCUGGUACAACGACGAGCUCUGCCGGGACAUGGGCUACAAUCCGCGGAGGAAGAAGGGGAUCCUUGCCGAGUGGCUCCAACCCUACGGCCCGGCUGACUAUGCCGGUAUCCGCUGAAGCAUACUCCAACCAAAGCAUGCACAGUUGAUUCAUUCCAAGAACUUGAAUCGUCAGCAACUUCAUGUAAUUGCAAGAGACAUUAUAAAUGUGUCGUUUCUCGCUCAAGCAAUUCAAUUGGACAUCCGUACAUCAAAAAAGCACCGGAAUGGUUGAAUUUGUACAUGACAACAGAACUUGAACUCUCCAUGUAUAUGAGCAAAGCAGCAAAGGCUUUUCAUGGUUUGAGUCCCUGGAUUUCUGAU